AUGAGCGUCUCGGACUCCUCACAUCGUCCUUCGGACCCUGGGAGCGUCUCUGCUCCCGCCCAGAAGGAUCGCCUUGACCUACCUUUGCCCGACCCGAGAACCCCCUCCUGGCCACCUUCCCCAGAUGAGGAUCCCAGUUUGCCCCCCUUUCCUUUGGAAGAGCCUGUCCCCAGGCCCAUGGCCCCAGGGAGCCUUCCCUCUCCAGUCUUGUCCCUUGAGGAAGAAGAGGAGGAAGACGACCAAGACGAACAAGACGCGGCAGAGCCCGAGGAGCUGCGCAGCGAGGAGCAUCCCAGCCAGUUUUUCGCGGAGGCACAGCGGCUGCGGGAGCAGAGGUUGUUGUUGGACGAAGAGGUGUCAGUUGAGGGGCGAGUAUACGGGGUGCAUCGGGUAAUCUUGGCUGCAAUUAGCAGCCUCUUCCGUGACAGGCUGCUGGGUGGCAGAGGUCCACAACCCCCCCUCAGCCUGGACGUGGCCGCCGGGGCCUGGGAGGCCGUACUGACAUUUGCCUAUGAGGGGUUGCUGGGCCCUGCACGGCUGGGAGAUGUGCUGGUCGUGGCAGAGGCCCUGGGAGCGCCCCGGGUGAAGGCCGUGGCCCAGUGGAGAUGCAAAGGGGCUGGAAGCGCCAGGGAAGAUGAAAAGCAGCCCAGCCAGGCAGAGGAGCUGAGGGAGAACCUGCGGAGCAUCGAGCUCCUAUACCAAGAGGGCAUCGGGUGUGACCUGGAGCUGGAGGCAGGCGGCUGCAGGCUGCGGGUGCACCGAGCAGCCCUGGCCUGUGGCAGCGAGUUCUUUGGUGCCAUGCUCCUGAGCGGGAUGAGGGAAUCCCAGGGCACAGAGGUGUCUCUGCACACUAUCUCUGCCCAGGACCUGCGACUCCUCGUCUCCUUCGCCUACUCCGGGGUUGUGCGGGCAAGGUGGCCAGGACUGCUGAGAGCUGCCCAGGCUGCUCUCCAGUACCAGAGCUCUUCCUGCCUUGCUCUGUGCCAGAGAGCCUUGGCUCGGGGCCUCAGCCCCGCACGUUGCCUGGCCCUGUUCCCCAUAGCGGAAGCCCCGGGCUUAGAGAGGCUCUGGAGCAAAGCCCGUCACUACCUCCUCACCCACCUGCCUGCUGUGGCUUUGUGCCCCACUUUCCCUUCUCUACCGGCUGCCUGCCUGGCUGAGCUCCUGGAUAGCGACGAACUACACGUGCAAGAGGAGUUCGAGGCCUUCAUGGCUGCGUGGCGUUGGUUAGCUGCCAACCCUGAGACCCAGGAGUCAGAGGCCAAGGCCCUGCUUCGAUGUGUUCGCUUCGGCCGCAUGUCCACCAGAGAGCUGCGGAGGGUGCGGGCCGCGGGGCUGCCUCCACCCCUGACCGCGGACUUGCUGCAUCAGCUCCUGGUAGAGGCUGCCGUUCCAGGUCAAGAGCGGCGCAGGGAGCCUGACCAGGCACUGGUAGUGAUUGGCGGGGACGGGCUCAGAGCAGACAUGGCCAUAAGACAGCCGUCGCGAGGAGUGUGGUGGGCGCGCGCCUUCUGCUGCGGCACGGGACUGGUGCGAACCGUGGAGUGGGGGCGGCUGCCUGCCCUGCCUGCCCCGGGGCGCUUCCGGCACGGGGCUGCGAGCCUCGCAGGAAGUGAGCUCUACGUGUGUGGGGGACAGGAUUUCUACAGCCACUCCAACACCCUGGCUUCGACUCUCAGGUGGGGCCCCAGUCAAGAGGACUGGGAGGAGAUGGCGCCUUUGUGCCAGGCUCGGAGCUUUUUUCCCCUGGUGGCGCUGGACGGACUACUUUAUGCCCUGGGCGGCCGAAACGGUGGCGUCGCCCUCAACUCUGUGGAGACCUAUCACCCCGAGCUGAAUGUCUGGAGGCCGGCACCUGCUCUUCCAGCACCACGCUUUGCCCACGCAGCUGCGGUUCUGGAGGGCCGAUUGUACGUGAGCGGUGGCUGCAGCGGGGCUGGCCAAUACCUGGCCUCAUUGCUGCACUAUGACCCCAAACUUGAGAAGCCAGGGGUGCUUCUGAGCGCUAUGGGGGUACCUCGGGCUGGCCACGUCAUGGCCGCUCUGGGUGGACGGUUGUAUGUCGCGGGUGGGCUAGGUGAGACUGGGGACCUGCUGAGCUUCGAGGCCUAUGAACCAAGGACUGAUAGCUGGACUCACCUGGCACCCUUGCCCUCCCCCCAUGUGGGGGCCGCAGGGGCUGCACUGCAGGGAGAGCUUCUGGUGCUGGGGGGCUACAGCCACCGUACUUACGCCCUCUCCCACCUUAUCCAUGCUUAUUCUCCUGGCCUGGGCCGAUGGCUCUGCCUGGGAACUCUGCCAAGGCCUCGGGCUGAGAUGCCUGCCUGCAUCCUGACCCUGCCCACUGUGCAGCACAUAGCUUUGGUUCCCUCACGGCACCAAACCAAACCUGCUGGGUGA